GGGAGGGGAGGAGCUGAGCACUGAGGACUCAGCUCUGUGCUGGAGCUCUGCCGGAGGAGCAGCCCUGCAGCCAGGGUGAGCAGCCAACAAGACAGCUUCCAGCUUUGAGCCUGGGUCGCCAUCAGCUUCCUGCCCAGAGCCGUGUUCUCACACCCAGGGGACAGGACGCCUCGCAGGCUGUGGAGGACCAGGAGACUGAGUGGUACAGGAGUCUCCCUGGAGCAGGUUCUGUGGCCACAGGCUCCUGCAGAGUGUGAAGGAGACCCCACAUAUUUCUCCAGCUGUUUCAGCCCAAACUGUCUUCUGUGGCCACCUCUCCAGGGGCUCGUGGCUUGCACUCCCUGAGGAAGAGCCAUGAAGAAGCGGUACCUGCUGCUGGCCCUGGCGGCCGUGGCCCUAGUGCUCCUCAUCCUUGGCCUCUGCCUCUGGCUACCUUCGAACUCCAAGCCACACAACCAUGUGUACCCCAGGGCAGCUGUGGCCACGGAUGCCCUGCGCUGCUCAGAGAUUGGGAGGGACACACUGCGGGACGGCGGUUCGGCUGUAGAUGCUGCCAUCGCGGCCCUGCUGUGCGUGGGGCUCAUGAACGCCCACAGCAUGGGCAUCGGGGGUGGCCUGUUCCUUACCAUCUACAACAGCACCACGCGAAAGGCUGAAAUCAUCAAUGCCCGAGAGGUGGCCCCUCGGCUGGCCUCUGCCAGCAUGUUCAACAGCUCGGAGCAGUCGGAGGAAGGAGGACUGUCAGUGGCGGUUCCUGGAGAGAUCCGUGGCUAUGAGCUGGCGCACCAACGGCAUGGGCGGCUGCCCUGGGCUCGCCUCUUCCAGCCCAGCAUUGAGCUGGCCAGCCAGGGCUUCCCUGUGGGAAAGGGCUUGGCGGCAGCCCUGGAGAGAAGCCAGGACGCCAUCAAGCGACACCCUGCGCUGUGCGAGGUGUUCUGCCGGAAUGGAAAUGUGCUGCGAGAGGGGGACCUGGUGACCAUGCCUCGGCUGGCCAAAACCUAUGAGACACUGGCUGUCGAGGGCGCCCAGGCUUUCUACAAUGGGAGCCUCACCGCCCAGAUUGUCAAGGACAUCCAGGAAGCUGGGGGCAUUGUGACGGCUGAGGACCUCAACAACUACCGUGCAGAGCUGAUUGAGCAGCCGCUCCGCAUCAGCCUCGGGGACGCCCAGCUCUAUGCGCCCAAUGCCCCGCUCAGCGGGCCGGUGUUGGCCCUCAUCCUCAACAUCCUCAAAGGGUACAACUUCUCCCGGGCAAGUGUGGAGACACCAGAGCAGAAAGGCCUGACCUACCACCGCAUUGUGGAGGCCUUCCGCUUCGCCUACGCCAAGAGGACCCUGCUUGGGGACCCUAAGUUUGUCAAUGUGACCGAGGUGGUCCGCAACAUGAGCUCCGAGUUCUUUGCUGCCCAGCUUCGGGCCCGGAUCUCCGAUACCACCACUCACCCGGACUCCUACUAUGAGCCUGAGUUCUACACACCGGAUGACGCGGGCACCGCCCACCUAUCUGUGGUCUCGGAGGAUGGCAGCGCCGUGUCGGCCACCAGCACCAUCAACCUCUACUUUGGUUCCAAGGUGCGAUCCCGGAUAAGUGGAAUCCUGUUCAACGAUGAGAUGGACGACUUCAGCUCCCCCAACAUCACCAACCAGUUCGGGGUGCGCCCUUCACCAGCCAACUUCAUCACACCAGGAAAACAGCCACUCUCAUCCAUGUGCCCCGUGAUCAUCGUGGGUGAGGACGGCCAGGUCCGCAUGGUGGUGGGUGCCUCGGGGGGCACACAGAUCACCACAUCCACCGCGCUGGCCAUCAUCCACAGCCUGUGGUUUGGCUACGAUGUGAAGCGGGCAGUGGAGGAACCCCGGUUGCACAACCAGCUUUUGCCCAACACGACGACGCUGGAGAAGGGCAUUGACCAGGCAGUGGCUGCAGCCCUGAAGACACGGCACCACUACAUCCAGGACGCGUCCACCUUCAUUGGUGUGGUACAGGCCAUUGUCCGCACACCCAGCGGCUGGGCGGCUGCCUCAGACUCCAGGAAGGGUGGGGAGCCUGCAGGCUACUGAGUGCUCAGGCAGUCAAGGGGGUCUGGCAGCCUGGAGAUAAGUGAGCGGCAAAGCAGUGCAAUAAAUGGGGGCUGCAGUGCCCAGCUCUGGGCAGUCUUGCUGGCUGACUUCCAAUUCCCUGGG